AUGGCAACCGUCCUCCUGAUCCUCGACGUCCAAAACGGAGUAAUCGACCGGCUCGACAACACAGAGCCCUACCUCGAACGCCUGAGAUUAACUGUCACUUCCGCACGCAAGGCCAAUGUGAAAAUCAUCCACGUUGUCACCGCCUUCCGCCCAGGCUACCCAGAAAAUAAUCCAAACAACUCAUCUGUCCCCUCUGUCGUCUCACGUGGUGAAUAUCUCGAAGGCCACUCGUCUGUGAAAGUCCACCCAGCCAUCGCACCUGCGUCUGGAGAAGUUGUCCUCACCAAGCGUCGUGUCUCCGCCUUCUUUGCUACUGAACUUGAUAUGCUUUUGCGCUGCGCAAACGCAAGGUCUAUCGUUGUCGCCGGCUUGAUUACCAGUGGAGCUGUGCUGUCGACUGUUCGACAGGCGAUGGAUAUGGACUACCGCAUUACAGUCUUGGAGGAUUGUUGCAUGGAUCGUGACGAGGAGCUGCACCGUGUGUUGAUGGAGAAGGUCUUUGCUCGCAAGAUGGAUGUUAUUUCGGGGAGGGAGUGGACCGAGAAGCUUUCCAUAGCGGAGGAGUGCUAG